CAUGGGCACCCAGCCACACACUGUGAGCAAGGCAGAGAUCCCUGACUAUGUCCUCUACACUGUGGGAACCUGUGUGCUUGUUAUUGGCUCCAUUGGCAUGAUUGGAAAUCUCCUGGUUCUCUACGCAUUUUACAGCAACAAGAAGCUGAGGACACCCCAAAACUACUUUAUCAUGAACUUAGCUGUGAGUGACUUCCUGAUGUCGGCUUCUCAGGCGCCCAUGUGCUUUGUCAACAGCUUGCACAGAAAGUGGAUACUCGGAGACAUAGGCUGCAAGGCGUACGCCUUCUGCGGGGCGCUCUUCGGCAUCACCUCGAUGAUGACGCUGUUGGCCAUUGCCUUGGACCGCUACCUGGUGAUCACCAACCCUCUGCGGUCCAUCCGCUGGAGCUCCAAGAAGCGGACCCUGCAGCUCAUCGCUCUCGUCUGGCUCUACUCCCUGGGGUGGAGCGUGGCUCCCCUCUUGGGCUGGAGUUCCUAUGUGCCUGAGGGUUUGAUGAUAUCCUGUACGUGGGACUAUGUAACCUACUCCCCUGCCAACAGAAGCUACACCAUGAUUUUAUGCUGCUGUGUGUUUUUUAUUCCCCUGAUAAUAAUAUUCCAUUGCUAUCUGUUUAUGUUCCUGGCCAUCAGACGUACUGGCAGAGAUGUUCAACGGCUGGGAUCCUGCAGCCGCAGAUCCUACCUCUCCCAGUCCAUGAGGAAUGAAUGGAAGCUGGCAAAAAUUGCUUUUGUGGUCAUCAUUGUGUAUGUCUUGUCCUGGUCUCCAUAUGCCUGUGUCACCUUGAUUGCUUGGGCAGGUCAAGGCAGCACCCUAACGCCAUAUUCCAAAUCUGUGCCAGCAGUUAUUGCCAAAGCCUCUGCCAUCUACAACCCCAUCAUAUAUGCCAUCAUUCACCCAAGAUACAGGAGAACCAUCCACAAUGCUGUGCCCUGCUUGAGGUGCUUAAUACGAGUCUCAAAGAAUGACCUCCUGCGAGGCUCUAUCAAUGAGUCAUCAUUCAGGACCUCUCUCUCCAGCCAUCAGUCCCUUGCUGGCAGAACUAAGAGCACUGGCAUUUCAUCAGUUUCUGCUGGAGAAGCUGUCACUGGUUACACAAUGGUGCAUGACAUUAUCAGCUGUGAUGAUUUCAUCAGCUGCAAAACCCCCAGGUUGUCCUUGCAGUAUGAGACAUGGAGUGAUGUAGAGCUUGAUCCUGUGGAGCCAGCUCAUAGGAGACUGCAGCCUCGCCGAAGCCACUCUUUCUCAACGAGUUUGAGACAGGAGAAGAAAGACCUGCUCCCAAAGACCUGCAGCUGUGAUGCAGCAACAGCAGAAAAGGUUUCACUCUCCUCCAGCUGUUUGGAGAAGGUGCUUGAGCAGCCAGCUGUGCACAGUUUCCCAGAGACACUGGUGACCUGCUCCCUGAGAACAGCUUCUCUGCCUCUUGGUCUGAACAGCCACAGUGUCAGCAGAGGAGGAGACUCAGCUGCUUCGGAGAUGGCAACUAAGGAGAGCGCAGCUAACGGCCUGCUGGGCUCCAUCGUCAGCCCCACCGUCCCCCGCAUUGUCAUCAUCCCUACCUCAGAGACCAACCUGUUUCAGGAGGAACUGAGAGAGGAGGAGAACGAAUUAUUCCACUUUCAGGACAAAAAGAGCAAUCUCCUGGACUUGGAAGGGCUUAGCUCAUCCAUGGACUUCCUUGAUGUGCUCGAGAAAUUCCUGUCCUGA